AUGGGUGACUACGGCGAGAACACGCCCGCCGGUCCUGACGCUGUUCAGUCGACCUUUGCGCAAAAAGCAGAUGAGACCAAACACGCCGACCAGCGAUCGGCGAGCAAUUUCGAGCAGACCAAAAUUAUUCUCAAUCUGCGACCCGAGACCUCGAUGGCGAAUCUCACAGCCUUUUGUGCGCGCCACCAGUGCACAUUACUCGGCUUAUUGAACGUGGCGUGGGCCCUGGUACUCUCCGCUUACACGGACAGCGAGCUCGCGCAGGUUUUGUUUCUACGCUACAAGAAUGGGAUACCUUACACUGGCCUGUCAGAGAUCGCGAUCGAUGACGGAGUGACGGUCGAGCAAGCACUGGCACUGGUCGAGCAGCACUUAGCUAAGGGCAUGCCUGUUCCUUCAGAGACCAGUGUCACUGACCUGCAAAACUGGACCGCGGCCGAUGGGCACCAAAUAUUCAACAGCGUGGUCGUCUUUUCAGACAGCACCACGCUUGAGAGAACAGAGGCUGGCGAUUACAUCUCUAUACACGCCAGAGCGACGGGUGAUCGACUUGUCAUUAGCGUCCAAGCCCCGAAUCAUUUACUUCCCAUGCGACAGGCUCAGAACUGCGCUGCCACAUUGAGCCACGUUCUUGGCGAGAUCGUGCAAAAUUCCGAUCUCUCCAUGACCGAGAUCAACCUCAUGAGCCCUCAAGGGCUGGACCAGAUUUCGAAAUGGAAUCACAUUCCGCCGGCCGUGGUCUCUCGUUGCGUCCAUGAACUAGUUGACGAGGUCGCGAAAACUCAGUCUCAUACGAUUGCCAUCGAUGGAGCCGAUGGCGCUAUGUCGUACGGCGAGCUUCAGUCGUAUUCCAACCGCCUCGCACACUACCUCAAGGAGCGGGGCGUUGGCCCCGAGUUCACAGUCCCUCUCUUUUUUGAGAAGUCCAAAUGGGCGAUUGUGGCUAUGCUGGGAGUGGUGAAGGCCGGCGGAACCAUUGUCAAUUUGGAUUCCAAACAGCCAAAGGAGCGUCUACGGGGAUUGCUUGCUCAGCUCCAAGCCACUCUCGUGUUGACCUCUGUACAGAAUGGCGGUCUCUGGACCGAUGAGCUCUCUGUUCUGGUCAUUUCAGAAGGAUUUCUGAAUAAGCUCCCAGCGAUGACACAGGAACCAUCUGUCGCGGUCACGCCACGUAAUUCCCUAUACAUCAUUUUCACAUCAGGAAGCACAGGCACGCCCAAGGGCUGUGUGGUGGAGCAUGAAUCGUUCCUGACAGCGGCUGCGGAACACGUCAAGGCUGGAAAAAUUCUUCCAUCAAGCAGAGUUCUGCAGAUGACUCCGUAUACGUUCGACGUCAGCAUGCUGGAGAUUUUCACCACCCUUACAACUGGAGCCUGCAUUUGCUUCUGCAACGAUAGUGAGGCUGCUCGUGGUGUUGCUCAUAUCAUUAACCAUCUCCAAAUCUCUUGGACUUUCAUGACCCCUUCUCUUGUGCGCUUGGUCGAUCCGUCUUCCGUUCCAACUUUGAAGACUCUUGCCCUCGGUGGUGAGGGCCUUGCCCGAAUUGAUGUGACCACCUGGGCUGAAAGGUUACACUUGAUCAACGGCUACGGACCCAGCGAGUGUUCAGUGGCAGCCACAAUUCAUGGACCUUUGUCUCUUAACUCGGAUCCUGCCAACAUUGGUCUUGGAACCGGCGCUGUAUGCUGGGUGGUUGAUCGCAACGACCACGAUCGACUUGUUCCUAUCGGAGCCGUUGGUGAGCUUGUCAUCCAAGGUCCAAUUGUCGCCCGUGGCUACCUCAAUGAGCCUGGGAAAACUGCGGCCGUGUUUCUUGAAAAUUUACCUGCCUUCGCAGCCUCGAUGCCGCGACCACCACCGGCCUUCCGCCUCUACAAGACCGGGGAUCUUGUUCGCCAGAACAGCGAUGGUACACUUACAUUCAUCGGGCGCAAGGAUCGUCAGGUCAAGCUGAAUGGACAGCGGCUGGAACUGGGCGAAAUCGAGCAGAGGUUGUCGGAGAACUCAUUGAUCCGACAUGCUUUGGUUCUAUUACCCAAGCAAGGUCCUUGCAAGGGGCGGCUCGUGGCAGUUUUGUCGUUGCAGGACUACUUGUACACCGGUGAGCCUGACGCCAACAUUCACGAACUCCCCGCGGAGGAAUACCAACCUGCACGAGCUCUUCUUCCUGCUAUCGGUGCUCAAUUGGCCACACAGGUUCCUGGGUACAUGGUCCCAACUUUUUGGGUCAUCCUAGCAGCGCUCCCUUUUACUACAUCUGGGAAAGUGCACGGUGUUGCUAUGACACAGUGGCUUCAUGCGAUGUCUGAAGAAACUUACAACGAGAUUGCAGACGUCAGCGACGAAGCGCCUGCGGUCACGUUGUCAAGUAAAGCUGAGUUGCAGCUGCAACAGAUUCUAGCACAGGAGAUGGGGAUCGCAGUCGAGGAUUUGAAAAUGAAUCGCUCCUUCAUCGCUCUUGGAGGAGAUUCACUGAAAGCAAUGAAAAUUGUCGCUCGCUACAGGCAGCAGGAACUGAAGAUCUCUGUUGCAGACGUUCUUCGCGCUCCCAGUCUCAUUGGACUUGCCGAGCGCGUUGAGCAAGCUUCUUUCGAAUCUAACCGCCCUGAGGGUGAAAAAGACCAAAAGAAGAAACGCGCAUCGCCGGAGGAACGUGUCGCGGCGCUUGAUGAGGCUCUUAUCACAACAACCGGCCUUGCGAGAGAUCAGGUCGAGGACGCCUACAGGUGCACGCCUAUGCAAGACGGCAUCCUGCUCAGUCAAGUCAAGUUCCCGGGAACCUACGAGAUUCGUCGUGUAUUGCACGUGCAAUCAACUCGCGAUGCAGAGACCACGACAUCCCGCUUGAAGGCCGGGUGGCAGACAGUUGUCAACCGGCAUCAAGCACUGCGGACUGUCUUCGUUGAAGUGGCUGGCCAAUUCCAACAACUGGUCCUCAAGAAUGUCUCCGCAUACGUUCAAAUCUGCGAGUGCUUGGAGUUAAAGGAUCACUCUGCCAUUGCAGCCCACCUCCAAUCUUUGCCGCCACCCACUUUCGAGUCUUCCCAGCCACAGCACCGCCUGACCAUCUGCCGCGCAGGAAACGACGAAAUCUUUUUGAAAUUUGAGAUCAGUCAUGCACUGAUCGAUGGCGGUUCCACCGAAGUGAUCUUGCGUGAACUUUCCACUGCCUUUGAAGAACAAACCUUCGCAGGGGAACCUGCCCGCUUCAGCGACUACAUGCAAUUCAUUUCCGCAUCACAAGCCGCUGAGACCUCCAUGAACUACUGGGCUGAGUAUCUCAAUGGCAUGCAACCAACAAUUGUGCCAAUGUAUCCCAUGGAGAAUCGGGAAAAGCGAAGUCGCUCUGUCCCGGUACCUUUUACGGACACAGCAGCGCUGAUUGAAUUCUCGGAGACACAUGGUGUCACGCUUGCCAACGUUCUUCAGACUGCUUGGGCACUGGUCCUUCGCACUUACACAGAUACUAAUGAUGUUUGUUUCGGCUACGUCGCGGCUGGCCGUGAUGUACCUGUUGAAGGAAUUGACCAGGCCGUUGGUGCUUUCAUCAAUAUGCUUGUAUGCCGCGUGCGUUUCGAAGAAAGCCCUACUGGCCUUGAUGCCGUUCUCGGUAUGCAGAACCAGUACUUUGAUGCUCUGCCACAUCAGCACACUUCCCUCGCUCAGAUCCAGCAUCGAUUGGAUUUGUCAGGAAUGCCGCUGUUCAACAGUAUUAUCUCUGUGCAGAAGGACGUGUCGGACCAACCAUACGGCGACUCACUUGCUUUCAAGCCCGUCGAGGAAGACGACCCCACAGACUUUGAUCUUGGUGUUGCAAUUCACGUCGGCAAAGACAGCGUCAGAAUUGACAUUGGAUACUGGUCAUCGCUUCUCACGGAAGGAGAUGCAUCGAAUCUUGCGAACACAUACAGCAGUGCGAUCUCUCGUAUCAUCAAAGAGUUUUCUGCCCCUGUUGUUUCGCUUGAUCUAUUCAGCGAGCACGACCGAACUCAGAUUCUGGCAUGGAAUCAGGACGAGCCGAAAGCCAAGCCUGGAGUUGUCCACGACUACAUCUAUGCCAAGGCACGCCAGCAACCCGAAGCCCAGGCUGUCUGUGCGUGGGACGGACAGUACACUUACAAAGAGCUCGAUCACUUGUCAGAGAAAUUGGCACAUCACUUGGCCGAGCUUGGUGCUGGACCUGAGGUCCUUAUUCCCCAUUGCUUCCCAAAAUCAAAACUGGCAGCCGUUGUCAUGCUUGCCAUAAUGAAGUCUGGCAGUGCGGGAGUCGGCCUGAGCUCCAGUCAUCCACGCACGCGAGUUCAAGAUAUCGUCGAGAACUGUGCGGCAAAAAUCUCAGUUGUGUCAGCGCAAAAUGUAUCUUUUGUGGAUGGUCUUGUCGACCGGGUUGUUGUUGUGGAUGAGGAGUUCCUUGAGAAUCUACCCGCGCCAACCUCGGACACUCCACUGCCCCGUGCUGAGCCCCAUAAUCCUGCCUUUGUUUCAUUCACAUCAGGAAGUACUGGCAAGCCCAAGGGUAUUGUGCUUGAACACCGAUCCUUGAUCACCAGUAUCCUUGCCCACGGGCCAGAGUGGGGAGUGGAUAACACAGCCCGAGUGCUCCAAUUCUCAGCUUAUGCUUUCGAUGCAAGUGUGUCGGACACAUUCACUACGCUUGUUGGGGGUGGAACAGUCUGCAUACCUCACGAGAAAGACCGCGUUGACGACCUUGUCGGUGCCAUUCACCGAUUGAAUGUCAAUUGGGCAUUCUUGACCCCGCGUGUGCUAAGUCUUCUUACUCCUGAGCUUGUACCAACCUUGAAGACAGUCGUCCUCGGAGGUGAAGCCAUCUCCAAAGAAGAUAUUGCCCGCUGGACGGACACCACCUGCAUUCGAGUCGUCUACGGUCCGACCGAGUGUACCAUCUACAGCAUGGGUACAAUGCCACUUGAUGCUCGAAGCGAUCCUUUGUGUCUCGGUCACGCUGUUGGCACUCGUCUAUGGGUCACACAUCCCGAUGACGUUAAUAAGCUCAUGCCUGUGGGGUGUGCCGGUGAGCUGAUAAUCGAAGGUCCAUUAGUCACUCGAGGUUAUCUUAAUGAGCCAGUCAAGACAGCGGCAGCUUACUUUGAAGAUCCUGUGUGGCUUCCCAGAGAGGAGAACGGCGAACCUAGACGCUUCUACAAGACCAGUGACUUGGUGCGAUACUAUCCUGACGGCCAACUGAGAUUCAUCGGACGCAAGGAUACUCAAAUCAAGAUUCGCGGUCAGCGAGUUGAACUUGGUGAAAUCGAGCACGCAAUUCUUGAGAGCCUGCCAAGUGCUUCGCACAUCACCGUUGAUUCGGUUGUGCUGCCACCUCAAACUCUCGUCGCUUUCUUAUAUGUCGAAGGCUUGCCGAACGAUGAAGGCUCGCUCUUUUUGACGCUCGAUUCUGAAAUGACCGAGAAGCUGCGCACAUUGGAGAGAAGCUUAGUGGAAAAACUCCCUAGCUAUAUGGUUCCAAGUUUAUUCAUUCCCAUUUCUCAUAUUCCCAUGACCAUUUCCGGCAAGGUUGACCGAAUCACGUUGCGCAGGGUUGUUCUGUCUUUGACCGAGCGCCAGCUCAAGAUGUACGCAUUGGCAGAGGAGGUGAAAGAAGCCCCACAGGGAGAACAAGAGCAUCGCCUUCGGGACCUCUGGGCUUCGGUGCUCAGGAAGGAGGCCAGUGCCAUUGGACGCCAGGAUAGCUUCUUCCGCCUCGGAGGAGAUUCCAUUGGGGCAAUGAAGCUGGUAGCAGCUGCACGACGGGCGGGCUACUCUCUAAGUGUCGCUGACAUCUUCCGCCGUCCCGAGCUGACAGAGAUGGCUCAGCGCCUUGAUAUCACUGAUGGAGCCAAGGCUGCUGCCUAUGCGCCCUUCUCGUUACUUCCCGCAGAACAAACUCAGCGCAAAGCUAUUCUCAGCGAAACCGCGAAGCAGUGCAUUGUCUCCGAAGAUGCGAUCCAGGAUGUCUAUUAUGCAACCCCCCUCCAAGAAGGUGUCUUCCUGAUGUCGACGACACAUGACGGUGCAUAUGUUGCACCCACCGCAUUUAAUCUGCCCUCUACAUUCAACGUUGAGCGAUUCCAGCACAGCUGGCAGGAGCUGGUCAACGCACACCCAAUCCUGCGCACACGAAUUGUCACCUUCGAUGCCGUCUCUUACCAAGUUGUUCUGACAGCCAACGCCUCCUCUAUUUACUGGGAAACUGCAGACUCACUCAGCGAGUACGUCGAUCGUACUCGGGCUGCCCCGGUAGCUGCCGGCAGGCCUCUCUCAAGAUUUGCAUUGAUCCCAAACGAACAAUCCACUGUAUUUGUUUGGACAGCCCAUCAUGCCCUGUUUGACGGAUGGUCCAUGGGCCUUCUUUUCGAUCAGCUUGCGCAACUCUACAAAAAUGGUACCAGUCCCACAAAGGCAACGUCUUUUGCUGAAUUUGUGCAAUUCACGAGACAAAUUGAUCAAAAGGCAUCUCAGAGUUUCUGGGCAGCGCAUUGCCCGCAAGAGCCACCAGCAGUUUUCCCCCGUCUACCCUCGGCAGCAUAUCAUCCAACCGCCAACACCUCUUGCUACCGCACUAUUUCUGUCAGUAUUCCAAAAGAAUCCGACUUCACUAUGGCAAUUGUUCUUCGAGCUGCUUGGGCAAUCGUACUUGCUCGCUACACAGAUGCCGAGGAUAUCUUAUACGGAUUGACCCUCUCUGGGCGCGACUUGCCAGUCUUGGGAAUCGACAAAGUGAUGGGACCGACGAUCACAACGGUACCCAUGAACGUCCAUCUCGAUGGAGGGAUGUCCAUACGAGAAUUCCUACAACGACAGAAUGAUGAGAAUGUUGAGAUGAUGCGUCACCAACAUAUGGGACUGCAAGCUAUUCGGCGUAUCAGUCAGAAGGCCGCAGCUGCGACAGAGUUUACCAACUUGUUUGUGGUGCAGCCUCAAUCGACUCAGCUCGGCGGUCUCACGGAGCUGGCUCAGAUCCCCACCGACAUGACGCGCUUUGACCCGUACGCGCUUAUAGUUGAGUGCAAUCUCGGCGAAGGUGAGAUUGUUUUGGAAGCUCGCUUUGACAAUGCGAUUCUGAGCAUGGACCAAACAAUGCACCUGCUCGGCCACUUCGAGCAUGUUCUGAAACAACUUGCAAAUCCUCAACUUGGGCGCCGAAUUGAAGAUAUUGAUGCGUUCAGUCCGGAGGAUGAGCGGCAGAUAUGGGAAUGGAACGCCUUGGAGGCAGAGUCGGAAAACCAAUGCGUUCAUGAGUUAAUUGCUACCCAGGCCCGUCAAAAUCCGCACGAUUUGGCCAUUGAUGCAUGGGAUGGAUCCUUCACGUAUGAGGAGCUUGAUGAUCUAUCCACCAGACUAGCCCAUCACCUGAUUGCCAAUAUUGGUCUCACCCCAGAGUCUCUGGUUCCCCUGUGCUUUGACAAGUCGCGCUGGACAAUCGUUGCCAUGCUCGCUGUUGUGAAAAGUGGCGGUGGCUGUGUGAUGCUCAAUCCCGACCACCCCAUCACUCGCCUAGCAGGUGUGAUAGCCGACACAGGCUCGUCUGUGGUGCUCGCCUCUCCAGAAAGAGUUGAGCUGUUCAAUUCUGUUGCAGCCAAUAAAGUUGUGAUCAGCGAGGCCCUAGUCAACAGUCUUGAACAGCCGGCUCAAUCCUGCAUCACCUUGCCAACAAUUCAUCAUACGAAUCCGGUAUUCGUGAUCUUUACCUCGGGUAGCAGUGGUAAGCCAAAGGGUAUCGUCGUGCAGCAUAAUAGCGUCUGCACGGUCGCUAUCCAGCACGGGUCCGGACUCGGAUUCGAGGGACCGGGACUUCGCGUGUUACAAUUUGCUUCAUUCAGUUUCGAUGUCAGCAUGGGAGAGGUUUUCAUCACACUGGCCAAAGGUGGUACUUUGUGCAUUCCUACUGAGCAUGAUCGUCUGAAUAAUCUGGCAACAACUAUCAAUCGGAUGCAGAUCACAUGGACCUUCAUGGCUCCCACUGUCGCAGCUCUACUCGAUCCGCGCGAUGUUCCGAACCUGAAGACUCUCGUCUUGGGUGGUGAGGCUGUCUCGCAGAGUCUUGUUGAUCAAUGGUCUAACAGUGUCAACCUCAUUGACUCUUAUGGUCCGGCAGAGUGCACUAUCUGGGCUUCUCACGCUAUCGCCAGCUCAACAGUAUCUCCAGCAAACAUUGGGCAUGGAGUGGGCUGCCGGUAUUGGAUCGUUGAUCCUCAGGAUUACAACCGACUCACUCCCAUCGGCUGUGUGGGUGAGCUCCUCAUCGAAGGCCCGAAUGUCUCUCGUGGCUACUUGAAUGAGCCAGAGAAGACGAAAGCCGUCUUUGUGGAGAAUCCCAGAUGGUGUCAAGGAAAGAGAAAGUCGCCCUACAGAUUCUACUGUACUGGUGAUUUGGUCAAAUAUAACUCCGAUGGGUCUCUCAACAUCGCUGGUCGCAAGGACAGUCAAGUCAAGUUCAACGGCCAGCGAAUUGAACUCAGCGAAAUCGAGUUCCACUUGCGUGCUCACUCAGAAAUCGAGGCAGGUAUGGUUGUUCUGCCAAAAGAGGGGCCAUGCAAAGGCAAGCUCGUCGCUGUAGUCGCUCUCACAGGCCUGCAGCCCGCUGCGCUUGAAGGAGACCACAUUGAACUCGUUCCCAGUGCACAGAAGAAUGACGCGCAGCAUCGGGUCCGACAGGUACAGGGCAGGCUUGGUGAGAUUCUUCCGCUUUACAUGGUUCCUUCAAUAUGGGUUACUCUGCACUCCAUUCCUCUGACUGCGUCUCGCAAAAUCAAUCGACUGCCAAUUUCCCGCUGGGUGCAGAGGAUGUCCGACGAAGUCUACCGUGACGUGGUUGAUGUCACCGUCGCAACUACACAUCAACCCACUACUCAGCUUGAGAAACAACUUGCCCAUGUUUGGAGCCACGUUCUCAAUUUGUCGGUGGACGCCAUCGGCUUAGAUAGGUCUUUUUUGAGCCUGGGUGGGGAUUCAAUCACCGCCAUGCAGGUCGUCUCACGUUGUCGAUCCUUGGAUAUACAAGUCAGUGUCCAGGACAUCCUCCAACCUAAAUCAUUGGCUGGAGUUGUCGCUCGCGCUUUGGCCACAAAACCUAACGCUGUUCACCGGGAAGAACAGUACGACGUUCCUUUUGAACUGUCACCAAUUCAGCAGCUCUAUUUCGACGAUGUGGUACGCGGCAAUGGUGAAGACAUGCACCACUACAACCAAAGCGUCUUACUGCGCAUUCUGCGUCCAGUCACGUCAGUCCAACUGUCUGAAGCAAUUGAGCGUGUGGUAGCAAACAACGCCAUGCUGCGUGCUCGCUUCCACAAAGAAGUUGACGGUUCCUGGACCCAAGUGGUAAAGCAGUCUCUUCAAGGGCUGGCUUCCGUCGCUUCACACAUCGUCCAGAACCGCGCCGAGGUCUUUGACAUUGUGAAUGCUGCCCAGCGAAGUCUCGACAUUGAGAGUGGUCCGGUAUUUGCUGCUCAGUAUUUUGAAGUUCUGGAUGAUGAUCUUCGCCUGCUUUCAUUGAUUGCUCAUCACUUGGUCAUUGAUGCUGUGUCGUGGCAUAUCAUCAUCACCCAAUUGGAGCAGGUCCUGGAGUCGCCGAAAAUCCAGCUCAGUCAAAGCCGCAUGCCCUUCCAAAGUUGGAUCAAAGAGCAGCGAGGGUUUGCCAAGAAUCUCCUUGAGACUCAGAUUCAACAUGGCUAUUUUCCGGCUGCGAAUCUUGAGUACUGGGGGCUUACGGAGCUUCCUCUCUGGGGUGAUGGCGAAGAGAUCGCAUUCACACUCAAUCAGCAAAGUACUGCUCUUCUGCUCAAAGACGCAAACGAUCCAUUGCGCACGGAGCCAGUGGACAUUUUGCUUGCGGCUCUUCAAUUGUCAUUUGCAGAAUCUUUCUCCGAUCGUGAGAUGCCCGCAUUCUUUGUUGAGGGACACGGUCGCGAACCCUGGGAGUCUUCGAUUGACCUUUCCGAAACAAUUGGAUGGUUUACCACAUUCCAUCCGGUUCACUGCCGAGUGAGAAAGAAUGAGUCUGUGAAAACAACCAUCAAGCGUACCAAGGAUGCUCGCCAGUCAUGGAGCGACAAUGGUUUUGCGUACUUUGCUCAACGGCAUUUCAAUGCUGAGACACGGGAAAAGGUCAAACAUCAUCGCAACAUGGAAAUUUGCUUCAACUACUUGGGUCAGUCUCAGCAUGCCGAGCGCGAGGAUGCUAUUCUUCAAGAAGAGGCACUUCAUUCAGGAGAGGUCCUGGAUAACCUCGGCGAUUCUAUGGGCCGCCUCGCUGUGUUUGAUAUCGUCGCUGCGGUCUCUCACGGACGGCUUGAAGUUUCUUUCUUCUUCCAACGAGAAAUUCAUCGACAAGACAAGAUUCGCCAAUGGGUUCAGCGCUGCCAGGAGACUCUUCAAUUGGCAGUCAAUGAGCUUUAUGUCAGCGGAACAGAGUUCUGCCUUAGUGACUUCCCGCUGCUUGAGAUCACCUACCAGGACCUGGCCACCCUUACCACUGCGGUUUUGCCUAGCAUCGGUGUCUCACCUGAUGUUAUCGAAGAUCUCUAUCCUUGCUCGCCCAUUCAGGAAGGUAUCCUGAUUAGCCAGGCCCGACAGCCAGGCACUUAUGAAGUUCGGCAACUCUUUAAGGUUGUUCCGCGUCAAGAUCAACCCAUCGUGGACGUGUCUCGCUUGGUGGCCGCGUGGCAGCGAACAGUGGACCGUCAUGCUUUGCUUCGCACAGUCUUCAUCGAGGCAAUCAACGGAUCUGGUGUCUAUAAUCAAUUGGUCUUGCGCUCACAUCAAGCAAAUGUCAGACGAUUAAAUUUGAAGGAUGACAGUGGAGACGACAGUGUCGCUACAUUUGUCACCAGCCAAGGGGGCCCUGACUAUCGUCAGCCGGUUCCUGCACACCGGAUGACUGUGUGCGAAGCGUCAAACUCGAUUUAUUGCCAGUUGGAAGUCAGCCAUGCACUCAUUGACGGCACGUCGAUGGCACUUCUUGUCCGCGAUCUCGUAGCUGCUUACGAGGGUUUGCUUCCGACGACUCCAGGUCCACUCUAUAGCACUUACAUGAACUACCUAUCGCAACAGUCCGAUGCAGACGCCCUUUCAUAUUGGUGUUCCCAGCUAAUAGGCGUCGAGGCUUGCCGUUUCCCCUCUCUGAAUUUGAAGUCUUUGUCUGCUACGGGUUUCCAGUCAAAGACUAUCGAAAUCGACUCAGCUGGAGAGCUCAAGAGGUUCUGUGAAGCCAAUAAUUUAACCAUGAGUAACCUUUUCCAGGUCGGGUGGGGUCUAGUUCUACGUGCUUACACGGGGAGUUCAGACGUCUGCUUUGGAUACAUGGCCGCAGGGCGUGAAAUCCCUGUCGAGGACAUUUACGAUGCCAUCGGACCAUUCAUUAACCUUUUGGUCUGUCGGAUGCGACUUGACGAUGCACAGUCAGCUCUUCAAGUUCUACAGGCAGUACAGUCGGACUAUCUCAACAGUCUUCCGCAUCAACACGUGUCCCUUGCCGCAAUUCAGCAUUCGCUCGGACAAAGUGAUGCGGCGCUCUUCAACACCAUCAUGUCUCUUCAGCGCAAGCCCUCGCCAGGUGUCCCUCCGAAGAUCGACCUUGAAAUUGUCACCGAGAACGAUCCCACAGAAUACGAUGUCGACCUCAAUAUCACGACUGGAGAUGACUCAGGCGUUGAAAUUCACAUCACUUACAAAACCUCCGUCCUGGCUGAUGACCAAGCGGAUAGCUUGUUGCGAAACUUUACUAGCAUUCUUUUCGCACUUGCCACUCGCGCUGAUAAGCCUCUUGCGCAGCUGGACUUGGCCGAAGCGGCCAUGGGACUUAAUGCUCAGACUGUAUCUCGCGAUGACCCUGUAAUGACCGAAGCUUCUAUCCCUGCCCUGAUUGAUGAAAAGACACACUCGAUUCCAACAGCAGUGGCUAUACAGUCCAUGGGUGAUGAUACUCUACUCACGUACCAUGAACUUGAUAGCUUGACUCACUCGCUCGCGAGCUAUCUGUUGCAUUUGGGGGUUCACCCAGGUGACAAGGUGCUCCUCAAAUUUUCUCGUUCAAAAUGGGCUCUGAUCGGUAUGCUGUCUGUGCUGAAGAUUGGCGCCAUCUCGUUAGCAUUCACUUCUCUUCAUGAUCUGGAGCGACUGCAAGAGAUUCUUUCACCACAAGCACCCAUGCUUGUUCUCUCCAACGAGGAGCUUCCUGCAGAAUUUGGCAACGCUUGCCUCACCAAUGUGAUUCUGGAUGCGGCUUCGAUGUCUAAGAUUGAUAGCCUUGCUCUGCCGCAGAAGUUCCCGCUCAGUCCUUCUCCAACUGAAGUGUCCCUGGCAGUGAAGGAUGGCAAUGAUUGGGCUCUCCUGGCUCACCAAACCAUCACCACCACGGCGAAGCACCUUGGAUCAAAAGCCGGGUUAUGUUCUGGGACCCGAGUCUUGCAGCUCAGCGCCGUCGAUUCACCCCUCUACUUGGUGGAAACGCUGUUCACUCUCAUUUGUGGUGGCACAAUCAUUGUGCCUCCUCCUGGUUCGGACGUUGAACAAUCUAUCUGUCAAUCUCGGGCCAACUGGGCUAUGUUAAGUCAAGACGAGGCCACGCUAGUUAGCGUCUCUCAGGCCCCAGAUUUGCGAACACUGGUGCUUACCGGCAGCGACAUCCCCACCUCCCUACUGAAGAAGUGGCAGGAUGUCAAUUUGGUGCACCCUCACCAACUUCAACGGAUUCCCGUUUGGAUUUCCUUGAUGGCUGCGCCUGCUGGCCAGAACACCCUGCAGACUUGCUCUUCGCCGGCAAUUUCUCGAGCCUGGGUGCGAUCUCCUUUCAGUCAGAAUUCACUCGCGCCUUCAGAAUGCAAGGGCGAGGUUCUGAUCGACGGCCCAGUCGUUCCACGAUCCUAUAUGCAAGGCGGCUCAGUACAUCUUCUGGAGAACCCUUCAUGGCUGCCGAGCGCUGUGCUAGUUCGGACAGGUGUCUGGGGUCGCUGGAACGGCGACGGAAUCGAACUCGAUGACAGUUCGCUCUCGUCUGACAAUGGCGGAGACGCAAACUUGAGGAGGCUGCAAGAGUUGAUGCAAAGUACUCUGCGGCCCACUGAGCAAGCGAUAAUCAGUUCGAUUACCGUUGAUUCCCAGAGUCAUCGAGCCAUUUACUUCGCCAGCUCGCAUCGUCCGGAUCAGACUGUGGAACUGCUGCCCUUGACUGAUGCCUUGCGACAACGCUUCUCUCAAAUUCGACUCUCAUUGCACUCACAAAUGCCGGAAGACUUGACGCCGAGUUUCUUCAUCCCGGUCACUGCGAUGCCUCUUUCUGAGGGGCGUCAAUUCAACAGGUCUCUGCUUAACCGAAUGGUGUCGCAAUUAGGCAGUGAGAACUUGACCUCCUACCAAGUGCAGUCGCAAAAUGCGACCGUGCGCCUCACAUCAAAUGAAAGUCUCGUUGCUGAUCUUUGGUCGAGCGUCCUGCAUCUCCCUGACAGAACGAAGCUUGAUCCAAGCGAGAGUUUCUUCCGCCUUGGGGGAGACUCGAUUGGCGCAAUGCGAAUUAUUGCAGAGGCGCGCAGUCAGGGUCUGGUUCUGACCAUGAACGGCAUUUUCCAACAACCGACGCUUGCCGGUAUGGCAAAGGAGAUCAGACUUCUUGCUCCGCAUGAGGAUAGGCCAGUUGAGUCAUUUUCGCUACUACCGCCCGUCGUAGACUCCGAGAUCUUGCUGUCCGAGGCUGCUGACAAGUGCUGCGUUGAUCCCUCGGUCAUUGAGGAUCUCUACCCCUGUACUCCACUCCAAGAAGGCUUCAUGGUCCUCAACAGUCAGGACUCUGCGGCAUAUCAUGUGCAAGAGAUUUUCAACAUGCCUGACUCGGUGGAUAUCGCGCGGUUCCGUGCAGCAUGGGUCGCUGUUUUGUCUCGGAGUACCAUUCUGCGCACUCGAAUCAUCUCUACUGUCGACGGGUUCUUCCAGGUUCUGCUCAGGGAAUCCGUGCGUUGGGAGUCUGGUUCCGAUCUCGAAACGUACCUGCGAGAAGACAUGAUGAAGCCCAUGACCUAUGGCCAGCCACUGUCCCGUUUUGCGAUUUUGGAUACUCCGGGCCAACGCUACUUUGUUUGGACCGCGCAUCACGCCGUUUAUGAUGGCCUCACCUUGGCCACCUUGGCAAAGCAAGUUUCCGCAGAAUACAACCGAGAGAUGGCACUCCCUGAGAUUCCGUAUAACCGAUUCAUUGACUACAUUCAGGGUGUCAGUCCCGCAGCUGCUACUGAAUUCUGGACUGCACAGUGUGCUGUUCAUGCGACAUCCUUCCCUACACUACCUGCCCGUCAUCACCAGCCUUUCCCUGACCAUUUCAUGUCCUACUCCAUCCCGGUCAAAGCGAAGCCGUCCACCAUCACACUCUCAACAGUACUGCGGGCCGCGUGGGCCAUGGUUCUUGCCCAGCUGACAGACUCCGAGCAUGUCAACUUUGGAGUCACUCUGUCCGGACGAAACGCCUCGAUGGUUGGUAUCAAUCAGGUACUUGGCCCUACCAUUGCUACCGUUCCGAUUCAGGUCAAUGUUCCGCACUCCGUCUCUCCUCAGCAAUUCCUGCAUGCCGUUCACAAGCAAGCCAUUGAGAUGAUACCCUUCGAGCACACUGGUCUGCAAAAUAUUCGAAGAAUGGGAGAGCAGUGCCGCGAAGCGGUCAGCUUCCAGAAUCUGCUAAUCAUUCAGCCGGGCACCUCGCCUGUUGAUGAUAGCGACUUUUUGGGCUUGACUCCAGUGCCACAGAAGGGUGACCAACGUGACCCAUACCCUUUGACCAUGGAGUGUAACCUGCUGGCAGAUCGUGUCGAGGUCAAAGCUCAAUUUGACCGUCGUUCAAUUCCUUCAAACGAGAUGUCGCGCAUUUUGAAACAAUACGCACGCACUGUUGAACGCCUCCAGAAUGUCGAGGAGACUGCGUCUCAGGACGGUGACGAAGAAAUUCUUCAUGCGUCAAGCGGCCUCAGUGAUGAGGAUGUUGAGCAAAUUCUGGAAUGGAACUCCGAUCGCCCUGUGUUGAUUGAGAAAUGCAUUCAUGAAAUGUUUGAGGAGCAGGCGCGCCUGCAUCCUGGCACUCCAGCCGUCUCGUCUUACGACGUGGAGUUGACCUACGGGGAGCUGAGUGACCUCAUUACUCGUUUGGCCGCCCAACUCCAGGAUCUCGGCAUCAAACCGGAAAUGAAGAUCCCCCUCUGCUUCAGAAAAUCCUCAUGGACUAUCGUGGCUAUGUUCGCGGUCUUCAAAGUCGGAGGUGUCUCAUGCAUGUUGAAUCCCGAACAUCCCAGCAGCCGUAUUCAGCUUCUUCUUCAAGACUUGGAAGCCGAAUUUGCAUUGUGCGACGAGGACUCUCUUCCAAUGAUCUCCUCAUUGCUUCCACCAUCAAGUGUUCUCUCUGUUGAUGGGACGUAUCUCGAUUCACUUCCCUCGGCGCCGGCGCUUUCUUCCCAAGUUCGCCCUGAGAACGCGGCGCUUGUGGUGUACACAUCUGGAAGUACAGGCAAGCCCAAGGGAAGUAUUCUUGAACAUCGUUCCCUGGUCACCGGUCUCAUGGCUCAUUGCACUGCCAUGGGCAUGGGUCCAGAUUCUCGUGUCUUCCAGUUUGCUGCCUAUACGUUCGAUGUCUGCUUCGAGGAGAUUUUCGGUGCUUUGAUGCUUGGUGGAUGCAUCUGUGUGCCAAGCGACGAUGAGCGAAUGAACAGCCUUGCCGAUUCGAUGGCAAGAUACAAAGUCACAUGGACAGAACUCACUCCCACUGUCGCAAGCUUGCUUCUUCCGAGCAGCAUUCCGUCGCUGAAGAGCCUUGCCCUUAGCGGAGAAUCAGUCACCAAAGAAGUUGUUCAGCGAUGGGGGGAUUCUGUUCAACUCAUCAACACGUAUGGACCUAGCGAAUGUUGCGUGUCGAGUACCUGCAAUGCUGAGACUGCGAUUGUUCGUGAUCCAAGCAACAUUGGACGUGGACUUGGCUGCACGACGUGGAUCGUUAAUCCCGACGAUGUCAAUAUUCUAGCUCCAAUCGGCGCUACCGGUGAGUUGCUCAUCGAGGGCCCUAUUGUUGCUCGAGGCUACUUGAACGAGCCUGAAAAGACUGCUGCUGCCUUUAUAUCCGCCCCUGCAUGGUGGCCCCAGACUUGGUCUUGCGGGCGAAUCUAUCGUACCGGAGAUCUCGUCAAGUACAAUGCAGAUGGUACGAUCCAAUUCAUUGGACGCAGAGACACGCAAGUCAAACUACACGGCCAGCGUAUUGAGCUGGGUGAAAUUGAGCAUCGCAUUCGUGGCGCCUUCAUAGAUCCCUCUCACCAAGUUGCUGUUGAGGUUCUCUCUCCAAAAACUCGCGGCGGUAUCAAGAUCCUGACAGCAUUCAUCUGCGAGAGCAGUCAAGUAUCUGAAGAAACCGAGCAACUUCUACUGCAGCUGAGUGGUGACAUGUCUCACCGAUUCCUCGAGCUACAGGCCCGCCUGGUGGGUGAGCUACCUCGCCAUAUGAUUCCGCAGCUCUACAUUCCCAUCAAGCAUAUGCCGCUGUCUCCGUCUCGCAAAAUUGAAAGGAAGGUCUUGCGGUCUCUGGGCAAUGACCUUCAAUCGGAGGAGCUUUCUGCAUAUGCCCUGACGCAAACAGCGAGGUCUGCCCCGAGCACGUCUACUGAAAAGGCCCUGUUCGGGAUCUGGGCUGAGGUUCUUGGAACUAGCCCAACUGGAACUGAAGAUCAUUUCUUCCACUUGGGUGGAGAUUCAAUUGCCGCAAUGAAAGCCGUCGCGGCCGCGAGUAAGAUCGGUAUUUCGUUGAGCGUUGCUGAGAUCAUGCAGUUCCCUACUCUACGAGCCAUGUCUGCUGCUAUUGACUUAGCCAGUGAGAAUAGCGACACGGACUCUGAAGUGCUUGAGCCUUUCUGUCUGAUUCCCGCUCCUAGCGUAUCCGAUGUCAUUGAGGAAGCCAUAGCACAGUGUGGCGUUGAAGAAGAGGUCAUUGAGGACAUCUAUCCAUGUACCCCUUCGCAGGAGGCUCUCAUGGCUCUCACCGCGCGGGACGAGGCGGCGUAUGUGUCGCGUGCGGUGUAUCGACUGCCGCAAGACGUGGACGUUGAUCGUUAUCGUGCUGCGUGGGAAAUGGUCGCGCAGCGUCAGUCAAUCAUGCGCACUCGUAUCAUCUACUCCAGUGCUGCUGCAAGAUCCUUCCAAGUGGUGGUGCAAGGAAAUCUCAUCUGGCACACCAACGAGACAGUUUCGGCCUAUCUCGCCGCUGACAAACUGACUCCCAUGCGGCACGGCGAUCCGCUUAUGCGGUUCGCCCUUCUUCAGGGUACACUAGAGGACCCUCGGCCAAGCCUAGCUUAUACUGCUCAUCACGCCGUCUACGAUGGAUGGAGUGAAGCUUCCAUGUUCGAGGAGGUCGAAAUCAUUUAUCGCCAAGGCUUGAGUGCUCUUCCAGACGCUGUGCCGUAUAAGAAUUUCAUCAGAUAUUUGUCUACAGUUGACAAUGCUGCGAGCGACACUUUCUGGCGUUCGCAGCUCGAAGGCGAUCUGCCUGCCCCCUUCCCUCCCAGUACCUCUGACAGAGCUGCGUCGCUUCUGACUUCCCACCCCAAUCGUUCCCAGACCCAUGAGAUUCACUUCCCUGACUCUCGCUCCCUCCCCUAUGCCUUGCCCACUGUGCUCAAAGCCGCUUGGACCCUGCUCAUCAGCAGAUAUGCCGCUUCUGAAGAUGUCAUCUUCGGACACGUUCUUUCCGGACGUACGGUGCCACUACGCGGAGUGGCCGAUAUGAUGGGCCCUACCAUUGCAACGGUGCCAGUCCGCGUGCGAGUUAAUCCAGAUGAGACUGUUGAGGCAUUCAUGCGCCGCAUUCAGACCCAGGCGCAGGAUAUGGUGCCUUUUGAGCAGGUUGGUAUGCAAAACAUUCGCCGACUGCUCGCUAGCCCAGAUGCCGUCGACGUUGGCCAUCUCUUCUUCAUUCAGCCCCCCAUGGAAGCUGAAUCUACAGGCCUCGCUUUAGAGCCUGUCACGGACGCGGACUUUGACUUCGACACUUACCCGUUGAUUGUGGAGUGCCAGCUUACCACUGGCAAUGGUGCCACAAUCUCGGUCAAAUACAACGACAUUCGUAUCUCUGAGACGUCAAUGACCUGGCUUCUUCUGCACUUCGAAAACCUGGUUGGUCAGUUGUACCAGACACCACGCACCGCGGCUAUUUCUACUCUUGAGCUUGCGGGGCCUUCUGACAUUCAGACCUUGCGUCAAUGGGUUGGUCCUCCAGUCACAACCGUGCAAAGAACUGUGCAUGACGAGUUCCGAUCCCGCGCAUUCGCCCAUCCUGAGCGUUGUGCUGUUGAAGCUUGGGACGGCGCCCUCAGCUACCGCGAUCUUGAUGUUCUUUCUUCAAGAUUCGCGCGGGAGCUUGUUCAGCUUGGCGUUGAAGUGGGUCAAGCAGUCGGUUUGAUCUUUGAUAAAUCAUGCUGGACUGCGGUCGCCAUGAUGGCUGUGCUUAAGGCAGGAGGUUGUUGUGUGCAACUUGACUCUAAGCAUCCAUCUGUUCGAUUGGUCGAGAUCAUUGAAGAUACAGGCAUGAAGCAUCUUCUUGCCGCGUCCUCGCACAUGAUUCUGGCAAAAUCACUGCCAGUUGAUCAAGUCAUCGAAGUGACUGUCACCACGGCCUCUAAAUUACAGAUUUCUUCGCCAGAUGCUGGACGCCAACCAGUCGUCGACGUCAUGUCGCCAGCCUACAUGACCUUCACCUCCGGUAGUACCGGCAAGCCCAAGUCCGUGGUCAUUGACCACCAAGCCAUCCACACAAGUAUCUCCGCUUUCAGUUCUGCUCUUCACAUUACCUUCAAAUCCAGGGUGUUGCAGUUCGCUGCCUACACUUUCGAUAUCAGUUAUGCGGAGACUUUUGCACCACUGACGCUCGGUGCCACUCUGUGUGUGCUCUCUGAGCAGGAUCGUCUCAAUGAUUUGGCUGGUGCGAUUGCUCGCCUCGGAGCAAAUUGGGCAUGUUUAACACCCACCGUGGCUAGUCUCGUGGAGCCUGCAAGUGUCAAGGGGCACCUCAAAACCCUGGUUCUCAGUGGCGAAGCUCCCACGGAGGAGAACCUCAGAGUUUGGUGUGGAAAAGUGCCCAACUUGAUCAACGCAUAUGGCCCAAGUGAAGCUUCGGUAUGGUGUGCCGCUGGGCCCUUCACAAAGCCAGAUGACAGUUGCACAAAUAUAGGACGGCCCGUCGGCUGCAACCUCGUGAUUGUGGAGCCUCACGACAUCAAUCGCCUAACACCAGUGGGAUGUACUGGUGAGCUCAUUGUGUGUGGACCAAUCUUGUCGAGCGGAUACUUGAAUAACGACAAGGCCAACAACACUGCUUUCCACGGAGACCUUGCAUGGCGUGAGAGGCUGGGACUUCACCCAGAUUGCUCGCGCGUCUAUCGCACGGGUGAUCUUGCAAGAUACCUCCCAGACGGCAGUAUCGAGUAUCUUGGGCGUGCUGAUACCCAAGUCAAGAUCUACGGUCGCCGUAUCGAGCCACGUGAGAUCGAACAUCACAUCCGCCUCCACCUUUCCAACUACCUGAACAUGGUCGACAGCGUGACUCUGGCCAGCCGUAAGAACCAGAAGAUCCUGGUGGCCUUUAUCUACCAAGAAUCUGCUUUCGUGCCCAACCUUGAUCUCGCCACGCUUGCGCGUGAAUUCGAUCCCGUUGUCCAGUCCACACUAAGCAGCCUACAAGCCGCGCUUCGUGCCAGACUACCCAGCUGGAUGGUGCCCACACUCUUCGUUCCCCUCCGCUUCAUGCCUACCAAUGCAGCUGGCAAAACUGACAGAAAGCUCCUCGCUCGCGCUGUCAAUUCUCUUACAGAAGAGCAGCUCCGCGAUUUCGCUCUUUCUGGUCGGGCCGCGAAGAAGCCGUUGUCAACUUAUCUACAACAGCAACUUGCGGGGCUCUGGGCCGAUGUCCUCGCACUCGAUGUACAGACCAUUGGUGCUGACGAUACCUUCUUCACACUAGGUGGUGACUCAAUGUUUGCCAUGAAACUAGCCAGUCGCGCCCGCAGUGCACAGAUCAGUCUGAGUGUCGCUGACAUCUUCAACUACCCAGUCUUGGCCGAUUUGGCUUCCCACCUACAGGUCCAGAUGCCGCUCACUCCUGGCACAGAAACACCUCCAUUCAUUCUCCAGUCCAAGUUGCAGGUAGCUCCUGCAAUGGAAAUGGAUCUUGUCGAGGCCCUGGCACUGAAGGCGAAUGUCGAUGCUGAGCUUGUUGAGGCUGUCGAGCAUACCACGGAUUUCCAGGACCUUGCUCUGGUGGGUCACCUAAGCAAGUCGCGUUGGAUGCUGAAUUGGUUCUUCUUUGACGGAGCUCGGAGCGCAGAUUUGGAGCGUCUGCGAAAGGGGUGCCAUGGUUUGGUUCAGCAAUUCGGCAUUCUUCGCACUGUGUUCGCAGCAUAUGAAGGCCGAUUCUGGCAGAUCGUUCUGAGAGAAAUGCAGCCGUCGUUCCGAGUGGAGACAACCGCCGACUUUGAUGGCUUCACACAAGAACUAUACAAGGAGGGCGUCUCUAGAGAGUUGAACCUGUCCAUGCCUUUCGUGGAGUUUGUGCUCGCGCUUCACCCCGACGGUAACUCUCAUCGGCUGCUCGUGCGCCUGUCCCAUGCUCAAUACGACGGAGUUUCUCUUCCCACCCUGUGGGACUGCCUCCAACGUGCUUGUCGGGGUGAGGCACUUCCAUCCAUCUCAUCUUUCACGCAGUUCAUCAAGGCAAUUGCCCCCGUCGAUCCCGAAGCAACGCGCUCGUACUGGCGAUCUCUCUUGGACGGGGCAAAGGAGACGCGAUUCGUCGAGCAUUCCAAGCCCGCCCUUCGCAAUGAGCUUCACGAUCGUGUGCUUCACGUCACGCGCCGUCAAGUUCCAGUCGUCUCUCUACGCCAGCACGGAGUCACCGCCGCGACUGUGCUUCGAUCGGCCUGGGCUGUCCUACUGGCGCGCAUAUCUGCAUCUCACGACGUGACAUUCGGUCAAACCGUCGCGAAUCGUUCCGGUGCGACUCUACCCGACAUUGAGAACAUCGUUGGACCGUGCCUCAAUGUAGUUCCUGUCCGUGCUGCUUUGCAGCCCGGUCAGACUAUUUUGGAGUUUUUGCUUGCACAACAACAACAGGAAGUCUCCGGUCUUGCUCACGAGUCCUUGGGCUUCCGACAAAUCAUCCGAGAGUGCACCAACUGGCCAAGCUGGACCCACUUCAGCAGCGUCAUCCAGCAUCAGAACAUUGAACCCGAUCGCGAAGUUUCGCUGGGCUCCAACGAUGCCGACAUGUACAAGCCCGGCUUCCUCGGCGCCGAUCUCGACCUGACUGAUGUUUCCGUGUUGUCAACCCCCGUGAACGACGACUGUGUUGACAUUGAUCUGCUCACAUCUUCCAAGAUUAUGUCAUCAUUUGCAGCUGAGCUGCUCAUCGACCAACUGAGCGAUCUCUUGCACCUAUGGGCCAUGGUACCCGUUGACAAAGUUCCAGUCAACGAGAGAAAGACGUCCACCGCACUUAUCCCUCUCGUCUCCGAGAAGCAAAGCUCUGGUCUUGGGGUGAAGGACAACCGUCGCGUGGCCGUCCAAGAUGCUUGGCGAGCCUGUCUGCCUGCGGGCUGUGACCUGGAGAAUGGAAAGGUGGAUUUCUUCCACCAGGGUGGUGACUUGGUGCAGAUGGCACAACUAGUGAGCGAAUUGCACGAGAAGGGAAUUGGUUCAGGUAUCUCGCUUGAGACCCUUGUUCAGCAUUCUACUCUGGAUGCCAUGGUUGAGGUUCUUUCGUAG